UAUGUUGGUUGAUUUCUUUCGGCAGUAUUGUGACAGAUCUUAUGAGGUUUAAGCCUUUUUGAAAGUAAUCGAGGAAAAAUUAUAAAUUUUAAAAUGAAGUCCCUACUGUGGUUACUUAUUUCGUUAAGUGUGGUUUAUGGAAACAAAGAUGACAGUCGAAUGCGACACAACAACCCCAUCCACUUGGAUUGUUUUGAUGUAUUUAUUCCACUCAUAAAUCGCAUGGCAAAUGAAGCUAAAGAUACUUCUGAAGCUUGUGUCGCUACUGCCGAAGGCCAAAAAGAUAAUGAAAUUGUUGCAAUAAAUCGCACUCGUUCGGAUUUAUUUUCAGAAGUUAAAAGAAUUAAAGAUACACUAACAAGUUGUUCAACACAAAAUGAUCAUUUUGGAUAUUUUGAGUGUCUUAAAGGAAUUGUUGAAAUUGAUAGAAAAGUUGUCGGUGAUAUAACUUCGAAAUCAUCAAAAUAUUCAAAUAAACUUAAAGAAAUCGAUGAACAACAAAUCAAAUGUUUCCGAAAUUCUGUUUCGAAAAUUAAAGAGAAAAGUUCAAAUGCUAUUCAUAGUUUGCAAUAUUGCCUAACAUCAGGAGAAUCAGCAAGGUCUGCAGAUAGUCCUAGCCAUCAAGGAAGAGAAUCUAUACAAACUACACCAAUGCCAUAUAAUUAUAAUCAUAAUUAUAACCAAGACGAUCCUAGAAAACAAUUUUUUCAAUUGACUAAAAUUUAA